AGUAACGGCACAACCACGACGAAACGACGACGGGGAGAGAAAAAACUAAUCUUCAAAACUCUUUCAGAUGUCCUCUGGUUUUGAAGAUUCUCACUUGCUCUCCACGCGCUUUGAUCUAAGCUAAUGUCCUCUCCUGAAGAUUCCCAAGGUUUUAUAGCUCUUCAUGGUCAAUCGACUCCAGUCUUUGAAGCUAUGGAUGUCGUGCAAUCUCAAGACGAAGAGGCACCACUAGUUGUUACGAAUUCGCCGGGCCAAACACCGACGAACCAUACUAGAGAUGUUCACAUUCUCAGCUCUGCGUUCUUGCUGAUCUUUCUUGCUUAUGGAGCUGCGCAGAACUUGGAGAGUACUGUCAACACCGAGGAAAAUUUGGGGACUACAUCACUUGGAAUACUGUAUUUGUCGUUUACAUUUUUUUCAUUAGUUGCUUCUUUGGUGGUUCGAGUUUUGGGCACUAAGAAUGCUCUGGUUCUGGGGACAACUGGUUAUUGGUUGUUCAUAGCAGCAAAUUUGAAGCCGAGCUGGUAUACAAUGGUUCCAGCUUCUUUGUACCUUGGGUUCGCUGCCUCAAUAAUAUGGGUUGGACAGGGAACCUAUCUUACGUCCACUGCACAUAGUCAUGCAAUAGAUUGCAACUUACAUGAGGGAGCUGUAAUUGGCAACUUCAAUGGAGAAUUUUGGGGAAUGUUUGCUAGUCACCAGCUCGUUGGAAAUCUCAUCUCACUUGCCCUGUUGAGAGAUGAAACGGGGGGAAGUGCUAGUGGCACAACUUUAUUAUUCAUCGUGUUUCUUUGUAGUAUGACCUUAGGUACAAUCCUCAUGUGCUUCUUACGUAAAAGGGAUCGUAAGGGAGAGGAAGGACAGCCUGAUUCUUCUGGUAGUUUAUACACUCGUAUGAUUUCUUUGUCGAACUCAAUCAUCACUCCCUUGUUUGACAUACGGAUGCUAUUGAUCAUUCCCCUAAUUGCGUAUUCAGGCUUACAACAAGCUUUUGUUUGGGCUGAGUUCACCAAGUAUGUUGUUGAUCCAGCCCUCGGCGAGUCUGGUGUGGGUGGUGCAAUGGCAGUGUAUGGGGCUUUUGAUGCAUUGUGCUCGCUGGUAGCUGGUCGACUUACGUCAAGUCUCUUGUCAAUUACUUUGAUAAUUUCCGGAGGAACUUUUGUUCAAGCUAUUGUACUGCUCUGGCUUCUGCUGAAAUAUAGAUUAACUAGUGGAAUACUUGGGAUAGUUUAUCCACUUCUCAUGGCAGGCUUGUUGGGCAUUGGUGAUGGUGUAUUAAAUACACAGCUUAACGCUUUGUUUGGGAUGCUCUUCAAGCAUGAUUUGGAGGGAGCGUUUGCACAGCUGAAGGUGUGGCAGAGCGCUUCAAUUGCAGUUGUGUUCUUCUUGAGUUCUCACAUCUCAAUGCAGGCAAUGCUGGUGCUUAUGAUUAUUACGCUCUGCAUCUCCGUUACUGCAUUUCUGUUUUUGACUCUUUGGGUGGGUAGAUCAUUUGGUCGUUCUGGUUCUUAACGCUCAACGCUUGUUUCAAAACUCCAUUUCUAUUUUAUUCAAAAUGUCAAUCUGUUGGUUAAUCUUCAGUUAGCCCAAAAGUUCUGACAACUGAUAACGACUGAGAACAAAAAUAAUAAUAGUAACUGCCGUGCUGCGGGUGAAUUUAAGAUGUAA